AUGCGUCUUCUCUUCCUUAUUCUGAUUCUGCUCGCCACUUCAUACUACGUUUCAGCCAAAGCUGUCGCUGAUACGUUCCAAACUAAACUGAAUGGAGCAGUUGCUCAGAGAUCUGAAGCCGCUGUGAGCUCUCUUGUUGCUCGGAUGUUGGCUUACGAAGCAUGUUCGAAUGGAAGGAAAGUGAUCAAGAUGAAGGAAGACUUCAUUCACGACAUCUUGGCUUACGGUCCAUCUGGACGAGUAGUUCGAGGCUCUAUUGAACCAACAUUCCAUGGAAUUACUUGUUUCGUGUCACUUGUUGGAGAACGAAGCUUCAGAUAUUGUAUCGGGAAUGACAGUAUGAAAUUGAAUACUGUCAGCGAGAGAGGAUGCUGA